GGAGACUUUAUCAGAAAUAUAAAACCAACGGAAAUUGGUGAUUAGGUCAAUUAAAAUUGAAAGUAGAAGCGGAAAGACUUGAAGUUCAACACGAAAACAAGUUGCACUAUGGAGAAUAAUAAAGAAAAAGACUAUAAAAUUCAAAUUAAACUACUCUACCUGCUGAAUCUGCUGCUCUUCUUGUUUGUCCUCGUGUUCGUCAUCAUUUAUUCACCUCAAAAUAAUAAUAUUCGAAUGGCUUCACCCGAUAUAGAAGAGCGUUAUAUCAAAACUAAAGAAGGGGAUGCGAACAUCAAUUCUGACAUUUCUCGUCAUCAACUUAAAAUAAGAGACGUUUCUUCUAAAACUGAAUGCGGAGAGAAAGACGAAGAUGCAGUAAUGCUGAACGGAAAAUGCAGUAUAAAAAAAUCUGAACUGUGCGAGUAUUGUCUUACUUUGAAAGCCAUUUGUGAAAGAAACGUAACAGAAACAGAAGGAGAACAGGAGGAAAAAAAGGAUGAUUCUGAAGAAAAGAUAAAACAAGAAAGUAGACAUUGCAUUCUGGACAACGUUACAGAUUACCAGAUUUUUCCAUUUCCAUUAUUUAAUGUGAGCCGAAGACUCGCUUUCGCACAGUUUGAAGAGAAUUCUGAAGGAAAUUUUGACAUUUGGCUGAAGGAAAGAGAAAAACCUGUUAUACAAGAAUAUAGAUUAAAUGAAAACGGAACUUAUGAAAUUCUUAAGGAAUUUCGUUUUCCUGAAACAAUGACAGAUUGGGGAAUCGUAUACAAUGGAAGUUAUUACGGUCGAUACGAUUUCGAACACAAAAUUUUCAAAUACAACUUCCAGACUUGGGAAUCCAAAAUAGGAGAUAAAAUUUUUCAUAUUCCACGUGUUGAUUUCUUUUCUUUUUGCAUAGACGAGGACAGUAUUUGGGUAUUUAACGUAAUAGAUCCUCGUUUGCACGUGAUUCACGAGGCUCUUCAAAUCGAUCCGGAGAAUUUAGAAAUUUUGUCCAAGCAAAUUGUUGAUAAUGCAAUUUGCCUGAUACGAUAUGGUUUCGUUGCGUAUGGCAAAAUUUAUUGCUUCGAAGAUUUGAAAAAUGUACAGAUUUCUUUUAUAUCGGAUAAAACCGAAAAGGAAAUUCCAUACAUUGCUCUAAAUGUUGAUAAAGAAAUAUAUAAUGAAGCUGCUACUCAGUUCUACAAUUUCAAAGAGCAACGUCUUUAUGUACUCUACCAAUCCUACAAAUCCAUGAGUUAUACACUUCAUAGAUUCAAAUUACAUUUCAAUUGUUCGUCUGAGGAGUGAAAAGUUGCAUCGACAUAUUUAGGUCUAUUAUUUUGUUUUAUUAUACACUUUUUUUUUAAUAGAAAGUCGUUUCAAUUAAUUGAUGUCAUGAAUAAUUUUUAUUUUAAAUUUUUCAUUCUUAAUAUAACCUUUGUAUGAA